AUGUACUUCCGUAGCAAGUGGGCUCUUAGCUUCAUUAGCUCGGAUUUGACUGUUGCCAACAUGGAAAAUUACGUCCAUGUUGAUGAGAAAUGGUUCUUCCUCAAAGUUGCCAAAUGCACGUUUUACGGUGAUGGUGCUGUGUGCUGUGGCUAA